AUGCUGAAGACGGAGGCCUCGGGGGAGAGGAGCAAUCUCCGGAGCGCCUCCCCCCACCGCAACGCCUACAGGACAGAGUUCCAGGCCCUAAAGAAGGCCUUCGACCAGCCACCCCGGCAGGACAGCAAGGAGCCCCAGCUCAAGGACACCGAGCGGGUCACUCAGCGCCGGGGACGACAGUAUGGUGCCCAUGUUAGCCGCAUCAAGGACAUGUUCAUGCAGAUGCAGGGCACAGAGAGCUCCGGUACUUCCACCAGGCGGGAAGACCCGUCGCCUCAGAAGAUGACCAAGCCCACCAACUUCAUCAACAAGGUGGACGGCUCAGUCAUCAAGCUCACGCAGCACCCUAUAGCGGACCGGACCAGCGCAGGGUCAAAGGUCGUAGAGACCAGGAAGCUGUUUGAGCAGCAGUCACGUGACGCAUCCCAGUCGCCUGUCUACUCCUAUGGCCGGGAGAAGAGGGGCUCCCAUGAGCACCUGGACGACUGGCGAGGGUCGCGCUCCAACAGGGGCAGCACAGACUCCCUGGACUCACUGUGUUCCAGGACGGAAGCCCAGUCGCCCACCGUGAGCCAGCUGAGCGCUGUGUUUGAGAGCGUCGACCACCAGGGAGGGGGAGGAGGGGGCCCAUUCCGGCGAGGCCGGGCACUCUACUCCCCUGAUAACUUCCACCGGCACGGCGACCUCAGUGAAGAUGACUCGCGCCAAUCCCCGGUGCGUGGUGGAGGGUACAGGAACUGCGUGGGGGGCAAACUUCCUGUGUCCUCAUCCUCAGAAGACCUCCUCAGCCCUAGCCCGCUGUCGGAGACAGUGGAGCUAAAACCCUUCCUGCAUGAGGAGGAGCCCCAGGAGAGAGAGGAGACAGCAGGGGAGUUAGGACAGAGCGACAGGGAGAGACAUCCUGUAGGGGCCACCGCCAACAGAGGGGAAGUGAACGGAUCGUAUGAGGAGAAGCAGGCGGAGGAAACCGACACCUCCAGAGAGACAUCGGGAGUCUGCACGGACUCAAGGCCCACAAAUGAUGCCACUGUCGGGGACAAGACUUCCGAGGACACCUAUGAUACCCCAGCUACCCCAGCCCAUGAUGAAGCCCAGGAUGAGGCAGAAGCCCGUGGGGAGGAGGUGGAGGUGGAGAAGGCCUCCUCCAGGCCCAGGGUCUCUCCAGAGGACCAGGUAGAAGAGCCCAAUGAGGAAUACAGUGGGAACGAGAGGGUGAUUUUUAACGCGGACGGAGACGCUUGCUACCAAGGCUGGGGGGAGAGCUGUACUGACCCUGAGGAUGACCUUUACGGUGAUGAUGACGUCAUCUAUGACCCUGGGAAUGAUCUUACUGAGAUCCCUGGUUUACCAGAGGAAGAGAAGGAGGAUAUCCCUCAGAAGAGGAAACUACGCUUCAGCACCAAACCCAUGAUGGUGUUCAACACCUACUGUAACGAGGACUAUGACAGGAGGAAUGAGGAGGUGGACCCGGUGGCCUCGUCAGCAGAGUACGAGCUGGAGAAGAGGGUGGAGAAACUGGAGCUGUUCCCUGUAGAGCUGGAGAAAGAUGAUGAUGGCCUUGGUAUCAGUAUCAUAGGAAUGGGAGUGGGUGCUGACGCCGGUCUGGAGAAACUUGGCAUCUUCGUCAAGACUGUCAUCGAGGGCGGGGCAGCUGAGAGAGAUGACAGGAUCAAGGUGAACGACCAGAUCGUGGAGGUGGACGGCACCAGUCUGGUGGGGGUGACCCAGAGCUUCGCUGCCUCCGUCCUGAGGAACACCCAGGGAGUGGUUAGGUUUGUGAUUGGUCGAGAGCGUCCGGGCCAGGUGAGCGAGGUGGCUGCUCUGAUCCAACAGACUCUGGAGCAGGAGAGGAGACAGAGAGAGUUGCUGGAGCAGCAGUAUGCCCAGUAUGAUGCUGAUGACGAUGAGACUGGGGAGUACGCCACUGAUGAGGAGGAAGAGGCGGGGCCGGCCGCGGACGGUGGUGGGGAUGAGGAGGGUGACGGGGAGAAGAGCAUCGAGGUGUUCGAUUUGCCAGAAACAGAUGACAUCAUUUCCCCCUCAGAGUUGGACGCAACCAAACUCUACCAGACAUUCAGAGAGCUGCAGAUCAAGCACACUGUCACCGAGGCAGAGAUACAGAAGCUCAAAAACAAGCUUGCUGUGGUGGAGAGGGAGAAGGCACGCUGGGAGAAGGAGAAGAGCCAGCUGAAGGCCAGCAUGGAGGAGAACAAGGAGAGGAUGCUGAAGCUGGAGAGUUACUGGAUCGAGGCCCAGACCCUGUGCCACACGGUCAACGAGCACCUGAAGGAGGCCCAGUGCCAGUACACCACCCUAGAGAAGAAGUACAACAAGGCCAAGAAACUCAUCAAAGACUUCCAGCAGAAAGAGGUGGAGUUUGUCCAGAAGGAGGAUGCAGAGAGGAAGAGGCUGGAGGAUACAGAGAAGGCCCACCUGGAGGAGAUCCAGGGACUGCAAGUCAGGAUUGCAGCCCUGGAGUCUGAGCUGAUGCAACUGAUGAAACAAAAUGGCAUCCAGAUGAACAACAACAACAACAGCGCCCAACAGCAGAGUCCUGGGAUGGCCGGCCCUGCCAGAGGUGAGUCCCCGGGAGAUGGAGAGAUCCAGAAAUACAGUGAGCUGAGUGAGGUGGUUCCCCACGCUGGAAGCAGACAGAGACUCUCCAGAGGACUACUACAGGACAGCAUCAGCUCUACAGAGGGAGAGGCAUCAGAGGGCCCUGGCAGUACUCGUUCAUCCAUCCGGAGUGCAGCCUCCAGUACUGUCGAUGAAUCCAGAGCCUCCAGGGCCCCUGGCAGUGGUGAGGGCUCCCCCAGACACACCCUCCACCAGCAGGCAGCAGACAACAACGGGUCUCAGUCUCCUGUGGUGUCCAGCCCCUCUGUCAGCCUGGAUGAUAAGAUCCCCAGGAGCGGUCUGGACCCACUGACACGAAGCAAAGGGAAGGACCGCAGAAGCUCACCAGGAAACAGUUCCACAGAGCCCACCGCUGAGAAUAGCCCAGAGAGGCUCAAGGCCAAGGGUCCUGUGGUGAAGGAUGAUCUGAGUACCAGCAGUAGCAGCUCAGUGGAGGUCAGUGGUCUGCUGACUGAAGCCAAGAUGUCCGGUCGCUCACACACCCUGGUGCUCUCCUCAGACGAGAGUCUGGAUAUGAUAGAUGAGGAGAUCCUAGAUGAGGGCCAGUGCCCCAAGCAGCACCAGUGGCAAAACCUCAUUGUGACAGAGUGGACCUCCCAGCAGGUAUCCCGCUGGCUCAUGGGACUAAACCUGGAGCAGUACAUCCCAGAUUUCAUGGCCAAGAACGUAGAUGGAGACCAGCUACUGCAGCUGGACAGUACUGACCUCAAGACCCUUGGCGUUGCCUCCUCCCAGGACCGGGCUCUGAUCAAGAAGAAGACAAAGGACCUCAAGGUCCUGAUGGAGAAGGCUCGGAGGAACUGGGAGAAACUGGACAAACAGCGAGAGAAGCUCCGUAAGAAAGAACUGGAGCAGCAACAGAAACAGGCCCACAAACCCAGCCACUCCGAGAUAGCAGAAGGGGUGAAUGUGAACAAGCCCAGUCAGAGCAAAGACGGGGACACACAUUUACACACGGCAGCGCGCCUGGGUAUCCCUGAGCUGGUGGCUCUCUACAUCUCCCACGGGGCCCAGGUGGACGCGGUCAACUCCCUCCAGGAGACGCCCCUGAUCACUGCAGCCUUCUGGGCCCUGGACAGUCCUACUGUGAGGACCGCCACCUGGUCUGUGGAACCUGGACAGUCCUACUGUGAGGACCGCCACCUGGUCUGUGGAACCUGGACAGACCUACUGUGA